UUGCUUUUCUUUCUUUUGGCGCUGGGCUGGGUCAAUUCUGCAACAUCUGUGGCCAAAACACAAGCCGCCAGCAAAAACGAUAGAUAGCCUUCUUUCCCCUCGGACAGAUCUAAAUCACACCAUCUUUAUUCUUUAGUAAAGUAAUCAUACACCAAACAGGAGAACACACCUCCUUAUCAGUUAUAAUGGACUUGAGAGUUGGCAGAAAGUACCGCAUCGGCCGCAAGAUCGGCUCGGGAUCUUUCGGGGACAUCUACCUCGGGACCAACAUCAUCUCCGGCGAGGAAGUCGCCAUCAAGUUGGAAAAUGUGCGGGCAAAGCACCCGCAGUUGGAGUACGAAGCGAAGGUGUACAAGGCGUUGAGCGGCGGGGUCGGGAUUCCGUUUGUGAGAUGGUACGGGACCGAAUGCGACUAUAACGCCAUGGUUAUCGACUUGUUGGGCCCGAGCUUAGAGGACUUGUUCAACUAUUGUAACCGCAAGUUCACCUACAAGACGGUCUUGUUAUUAGCGGAACAGUUGUUGUGCCGCAUUGAGUACAUCCACGCGCGCUGUUUCAUCCACAGAGACAUCAAACCAGAUAACUUCUUGAUGGGGAUCGGCAAAAGGGGCUCACAGGUGAACGUGAUCGACUUCGGGUUGGCCAAAAAGUACCGCGACCCGAGAACCCACUUGCACAUCCCGUACAGAGAGAACAAGAAUUUGACCGGGACCGCCAGAUACGCGUCCAUCAACACCCAUUUGGGGAUCGAGCAAUCCAGAAGAGAUGACUUGGAGAGUUUGGGGUACGUGUUAAUCUACUUCUGCCGCGGCUCCUUGCCAUGGCAGGGGUUGAAAGCGGCCACCAAGAGACAGAAAUAUGACCGCAUUAUGGAGAAGAAGAUGACGUCGCCUGCCGAAAUCUUGGCCAAGGGCUUGCCUAUCGAGUUUGUCCACUACCUCAACUACACUCGUGGCUUGCGCUUCGAGGACAAGCCGGACUACAGCUUCCUCAGGCGCUUGUUCAGAGACUUGUUCUUGAAGGAGAACUACAGAUACGACUGCGUGUUCGACUGGACUAUCUUCAAGUACCACCAGAAGCAGGCCGAGCAGCAGCAACAGCAGGGCCAGGGCCAGAUCGGCGACAAGCCAGCGGAGGAGGAGGCUGGCCAGAACGCCUUGCCAGCGUUGGUCCAGCAAACAGAGCCUGUCCCCGCCCCUACCCACCAGCAGCUACAGGCCUUACAGAACGGCUCCCAGGACUUUUCCAAGCCGCCAGCUGCUCAGCAGACCCCGCUGUAUCAGAUUUUCAGACCGCAGGUCGCCCAGUCGCCAGUCCCGCCACAGCCCCAUGCGGCCCAGUCUAAGGCCGAUCCUAAGGCGAACCCGCAAUACAGCCACACAUGGCUCUGAUUGGAUAUUUGAGAAUUCACUUUUCUCUUGGGAUUCAUCUCUAGUGCACCUGGUUUCUCUGUCUGUGGCCGACGGCUUUUUGGCGACGCAAACCAGCGGCGUUUGGACGCAAUUGUCACGGUAACCAUGCUCAUUUUUGUUGAGCAAAAAUACUGCCAUUGGCGAUAAUGGGAUAUUGUGGAGGUAUCUCCGUCCGGGAGCACAACGCAAGAACUGUUUUUGCUCCUUCUAUACGGCCCAAUUCUGAUGGCUACGAGCUACAGUUUUAUUCACGGCAGACGUUUUGAUUUUCAGCGGCGCUCCCACUCCUGCCUAUUUUUUGAAUUGGGUUAUACCCCAAUGUAUAUUAGUUUAAUAAGAAG